ACAUCAAGCAGCACCAUUUAACAACCCUACAAAAGCCCUAGCCAUCCUCCUCUUAUAUACCACUUGCAUUUAAAGGACAGUAGCGAGAGAGAGAGAGGGAGAGAGAGAGAGUGCAAAAAUGGUGUCCGGAUCGGGGAUAUGUGCGAAGGUGGUGGUGGUGGACGCGCGGCAUCAUAUGCUGGGGCGGCUGGCGUCGACGGUGGCGAAGGAGCUGCUGAACGGGCAGAAAGUGGUGGUGGUACGGUGUGAGGAGAUUUGCAUGUCCGGAGGACUGGUAAGGCAGAAGAUGAAGUACAUGAGAUUCCUUCGCAAGCGUAUGAACACCAAGCCUUCUCAUGGACCCAUUCACUUCCGCGCCCCUGCUAAGAUCUUCUGGCGUACCGUUCGUGGAAUGAUCCCACACAAGACGAAGCGCGGGGAGGCUGCACUUGCACGUUUGAAGACUUAUGAGGGUGUCCCACCUCCAUAUGAUAAGAUGAAGAGGAUGGUUAUCCCUGAUGCCCUUAAGGUGUUGAGACUUCAGAAGGGACACAAGUACUGCCUGUUAGGCAGGUUGUCAUCUGAGGUUGGAUGGAACCACUAUGAAACCAUCAGGGAGCUGGAGAAGAAGAGAAAGGAGAGAGCUCAAGUUUUGUAUGAGAGGAAGAAGCAACUGAAUAAACUCAGAGCAAAAGCUGAGAAGGUUGCAGAGGAGAAGCUUGGUUCCCAAUUUGAGAUACUGAGUGCUGUUAAGUACUGAGUUGUAGGAACUUUAGUUUCUCACAAUUUUGUUCAGGUUUAUCUCUUAAUGGACAUUUUUUUUUAUGGCUUUACUUCUAAUGCAAGAAGCUAGAAAUGGGAUUACUAGGGGAACUUAUGUGGUUAUUUAAUGUGCCUACUUAUUAUGAUGCUACAGAAUUCAGGCUUAUCUCUUUGAAUGAUUUGGCUGUUGGACAUGCUGUAUUUGCCAAUGCAUUUUGGUGCUACAGUUUCUUUCUUCAAGGUUAAGAGCGUGUUUAAUUGCCGUUCAAUACGGUGCCUUUA